ACUACACUUAUGUCCGCAGUCUCAAUUGCAUUUCGCCGGUCACCACUGCUCACGACCUCAAGCGCCCUACCUCGUGCACGCCAACUAGUCUCGCACCUCACACGACAGCAGCCCUCGUUCUCCCAGACUUCUUUCAGAAUGGCCCAAGAUCAGAGCCGUGGCGAGGAGACGACGGGAUUGUCAGAGUGGAAGCAACGCCCUCCGUACCGCAUUCACGAGAAGAAUGAGGAUUUCGAUGUCAAGUACGAAGCCAACUGCCACUGCGGAAAGGUCAAGUACCAGCUCAGCCGGAGGGAACCUCUAGACAGCAAGCUAUGUCACUGCACAACAUGCCAAACUCAGCACGCUGCACCUUUCCAGUGGGCCGCCAUUUUUCACAAGACAGACAUCAACUUCACCCACGGCCACCACAAUCUCGAAUGGUACGACCCCACCGAGAAGUCCGUCGAGCACAAGCUCCCAUGCAAAGUACGCUGCUCGUACUGCCAUUCACCCAUCAUGGACGAGGGCCGCAACAUGAUCCUCCUAUUCCCUUCACUGGUGCACCUCAAGACAGACGAAGACAAGGCCUACUUCAAACCCCGUUGUCACAUGUUCUACGGCCAGCGUGUUAUGGAUAUUCCCGAUGGUCUGCCCAAGUGGAGUGGACUGAGCGGCGAAUCGGAUCUGAUUGAGGACAGUCCACCUGAUUUGGUCAGGGAGACUGAACGUAAGCGAGAGGAUGAGAGGAACAAGAAAAUGUCUGAGGGAAAGCCGGAUGAGGUCACCAAGGAGGGGACUCAGGGUAGGAAGGAGGGUGCUGGCUCUAACGCUGCUUAGACGUUAGAUCAAGAGUAGGGGCUUUGACUUGAGUGGUGCGAUGCCCAUUUGCAGUUUCAGUAGCUACUCCUCCUCGUGUCUCUGAUGGAUGCAAGGAAUGAAAUGCAUAGACGGAAUGUAGUGUACGAAUAGAUACCCGAAUGGUAACAACAGCGAGUAACUUAUUCUAUA